UCAUUUCAAGCAUCCCGCUGUCCCUAAUUGGUGUGUGCCUCCGUCGCCUUCUCCUGCGGAACCUCUCUCGUCGCCCGACCCCACUAGUUUCCCAAUUCCGUCCCGCGUUGAUCCGUUCCGUUCGACCUGAAUUCGCGAAACGCAACAGCCUCCGUUAGUAACUUAGGGUUCGUCGUCUCGCCACAACAGUAGGAUUUCACUGAGCGUCGCCCGCCAUGUUCAAGAAGUCGAGCAAGCCGAAGAACGUGCGGAAGCGGCAGCUGCUGAGCGAGGACCAGGACCGCGACAGCAGCAGCAGCGGCGGGGACGACGAAGAUCCCUCAGGGGGCGGGAAUCUCCCGCCAAAGUCGAAGAAUCCGCGCCGUGAGGGCAAGCUCGCCUUCAGCUCCGCCUCCUCUCAGCAGCGCGCAGCUCGCGCCGCAGCGGCGGAAGCAGGGGAGGGGGGGAAGGACGGGACAGCUGAGGGUCCCGCUAGACCAGCAGUCAGCUUCGCGUAUGAGUCGGACAGGCGCGUUCAGAUGGCCUCUGACAGCCGGGCGACGGCGACGCUGGAGACGGAGACGGAGUUCGACCGCGACUCGCGCGCCAUCCGCGAGAAGGUGCUCAAGCAGGCGGAGGAGGCGCUCAAGGGGCGCACGCGCGAGGGCUCCGCCGCUGCUGGCCAGCAGGGCCGCCCGGGAGCAAGAAGGAGGAGGUGUACAAAGGCAUGGCGGGCUACGCGGACCACACAGCAGGGUUCAGGCGCGAGCACACAGUGGCAAGCGAGAAGGCAUCGGGCGCGCACGGCCCGCUGCGCGCCUCCACUCACAUCCGAUGGUCCGUCCGGUUCGACUACCAGCCGGACCUCUGUAAAGACUAUAAAGAGACGGGUUAUUGCGGGUACGGGGACUCGUGCAAGUUUCUGCACGAUCGAGGGGAUUACAAGGCAGGGUGGCAGAUAGAGAGGGAGUGGCAGGAGAAGGAGAAGAGGAGGAAGGAGGCGGCAGCGAUGGGGAUGUUAGAGGAAGGGGAGGGAGGAGAGGGAGAGGAAGAGGAGGAGGAGGAUGACGAUCUGCCGUUUGCCUGCUUCAUCUGCCGGCAAUCGUUUGUGGACCCGGUGGUUACUAAGUGCCAGCAUUACUUCUGCGAACACUGUGCUCUCAAGCACCACUCGCGCAACAAGAACUGCUUCGUGUGCGAGCAGCCGACCCAGGGUGUGUUCAACACGGCGCAUGACAUCAUCAAGCGCGUGAAGGAGCGUGCCGCCAAGGCAGACAAAGACAAGGGGGAGAAAGCCACAGGAGCUGGUGGUGGUGGUGAUGGUGGGGAUAGUGAUGGUUAGAAGAAGUGACACCAAUCAAGGCUGUUUUGUGAAGUACGGUUUGAUGUGCUGAGAAUAGUACAUACCAUGUGAGUUGUUUAAGAAAUGUUGUUCAGGUUGCAACCUAAUGGGAAUUGUCCAGCGUUAAG